GUCAAACACUAAAUCGAACCCUUGACGAUGUGCGCAGACGAGGACCCCCUUGCUGUUGAUGAGCACGCGGCUCAGGAUAACACUGAUGCUGACUCCGCCCUCGGAGACGACACCGGUAGCGAUACUACAUCACUAAGAUCCAGUAUUUUGAGGUAUCGUGAGGAGAAUGGCAGGACUUAUCAUGCUUACAAGGAUGGAGCUUAUGCACUUCCUAAUGACGAGAUUGAGAACGAACGACUAGAUCUUCAACAUCAUCUCUUUCUGCUCACUUUCGACGAAAGACUACACGCAGCUCCCUUGCCCAAGACGCUCAACCGCGCUUUUGAUGCGGGCUGUGGCACCGGAAUCUGGGCCAUCGAGUUUGCUGAUGAGCAUCCCGAGUGCGAGGUCAUUGGCGUCGACUUGAGUCCGAUUCAGCCUUCGGUCAUUCCCCCCAACGCCUCGUUCUAUGUAGACGAUCUCGAGGAGCCAUGGGACUAUUCUAACAAAUUCGACUUUGUCUUUGCUCGCUUUCUCACAGGCUCCAUUCUCGACUGGCCCAAGUUCUUCAGCGAAAGCUACAAGUAUGCCAGCUCCUCUCCCGAACCAUUUUCAUCAAGUCUAAAACGUAUCAACAGCAACCUCAACCCUGGAGGCAGAAUAGAGAUGAUCGACAUCAUCUAUCCUCUCCUCUCCGACGAUGACACUCUGACAAAAGACUCAGCACUAUCCAAGUGGUCAGAACUUCUACACGAUAUUUUCACCAAGAAUGGUCGUUCUAUGGAUAGUGCGUUGAAAUACAAGGAUCAACUUGAGGCAGCGGGCUUUGUAGAUGUGAACAUUGUGAAGCGCAAGUGGCCUUUGAACAGAUGGCCCAAGGAUCCCAAACAUAAGCAGAUUGGUACCUGGGCCCAGCAGAACACUCUAGAUGCGUUGGCAGCUUUAAGUCUCGCUGUCUUCACACGCCCUGAUGGUCAGGGCGGACUUGGCUGGAGUAAAGAGGAAGUCGAGGUUUUUCUGACAGAUGUGCGAAAGGAUAUUAAGAAUGUCAAUAUUCAUUCCUACUGGCCGAUUUGGUCGGUGUAUGCUACGAAGCCAGAAUGAAAAUCCAGCGUUGGAAUAGCAGCUUUGUUUAAGGCAGAUAUCAACCUUCCACAUGCGUCUGGGUGGUUCAGCGGGGAAACAGCAUCAGUAUUUUGAAUCUCAAAAGUGUAGAUUAGUCGGUUAUUAUCUAUCCAGCUCUGUUCUUCUCUUUAGAGGAAGUACUCAAGCAGCGAAUCGCUUGUUCAGUAGAUGCACCAGUCUUUGCAGUGCUAAAUGAGCCAGAACAGUGGUUGGUACGAAAUUGUUCUCCCUAUUGUUCUAUGGCCUCUAGGCUAAGAGGUCGGGUGCCAUCUUCGCACCUGGUGCUUUCCU